AUGGCGGAAGGCGUUGAUGAAAAAGCGCUGGCACCAGUGUCGAGCGUCGAUAUGGCGAAAGGGGAGAUGACCAGCAUCGAUCGCGAUGCGAUGAAGCUGGCUGAGAUGGGUUACACGCAGGAUAUGCAGCGGAACUUUAGCGUUUGGUCUGUCCUUGGUGUUGGUUUCUCACUGACCAACUCUUGGUUUGGGAUAUCCGCCGCCCUCGUAACCGGUAUCAACUCCGGCGGCCCCAUUCUCAUCAUCUACGGCAUCAUCCUCAUCGCGCUCGUCUCCACCUGCGUCGGCAUCUCCCUAAGCGAACUCGCGUCAGCACUGCCCAAUGCAGGCGGCCAGUACUUUUGGGCGAACGAAUUGGCUCCCAAGAGAUAUGCGAACUUUGCGAGUUAUUUAACGGGAUGGUUUGCGUGGUGGGGAAGCAUUUUUACGAGUGCGAGUGUCGCCCUGGCGAUGGGGAGUGCGAUGGUGGGGUGCUAUCAGUUGAGUCACCCGGAUUUCGUCAUCAAAUCCUGGCACGUCUUUGUCGCCUACCAAAUGGCCAACAUCUUCUGCUUCUUCUUCAACUGCUAUGGCAAAACGCUUCCCACCGUCGCCAAAGUAACCCUAUGGACCUCCCUCAUCUCCUUCGCCGUAAUUCUCAUCACCGUCCCGGCUGUAGCACCAACUCAUCAACACGCCAAAUUUGUCUUUGCAACGUUUAUCAACAAUACCGGCUGGGAACAAGGCGGCAUAGCCUUCAUCGUCGGCCUCGUCAACACAAACUGGUCCUUCGCCUGCCUCGACUGCGCAACCCACUUGGCAGAAGAAGUCCACCGGCCCGAGCGCAUGAUCCCCAUCGCCAUCAUGGGCACCGUCGCCAUCGGCUUCGUCACCUCCUGGUUCUGGAGCAUGGCCAUGUUCUUCAGCAUCGUGGGCGACUUCCAGGACAUCGUCGGCAGCGCGACGCUGGUGCCCAUCCUAGAGCUAUUCUACAAGGCGCUGAACAAUAAGGGCGGGGCCAUCUUUCUAGAGGCCCUGAUUAUUGCGACGGGGCUGGGCUGCUUGGUCGCGAGUCACACGUGGCAGAGCCGACUGUGCUGGAGCUUCGCCCGCGACCGCGGUCUCCCGGGCCACCAGUGGCUCAGCAAGGUCCAUCCGACGCUCGACGUACCCGUCAUCGCGCACUUCGCUAGCUGCGUCAUCGUCGCGAUCGUCGGCUGCUUAUACCUCGCCUCCCUCACAGCGUUCAACUCCAUGAUAACAGCCUGCAUCGUCCUCCUCUACAUCAGCUACUCCAUCCCCGUCAUCUGCCUACUCCUCAAAGGCCGUAGCAAUCUCAAACCAGGCCCCUUCUUCCUCGGCCCCGUCGGCCUGGUCGCAAACUGCGUGCUGCUCGCCUGGACCCUCUUCACGCUCGUCAUGUACAGCUUCCCCUACGCGAAACCGGUGAAAGCGGGCAAUAUGAACUAUGUGAGCGCUGUGUAUGCCGUCGUUACGAGUAUUAUGGCGGUGGAUUGGCUGGUGCGCGGAAGGAAGAGUUUCAGGGGCGUGGGCGAGCGCAAGAGCGAUGUUGUGCAUGCGGUGGAGGGCGUGAGGUCGGGGAGUGUGGGGGCCCAGGGGGGCGUGGUGUAUGCGUAG